AUUACCUGUUCCACCAGAACUGAUGUGAGCGCGAGUUGUCGAGCACAUGCCACGUUGGGAGAAGAGCCAAAACUGAACUGAACUACUGCCUUUACUGCACCAGCAACAGGAGCUCGCGAGGAUCAUUUUAAUUGAAUCCACCUUCAAAGAAACAACACAACCAAGUGGUUUUAACAAACCUCUGAAACCAGCAGCCGACUGAGGAUCUGAGAGAGCCGCAAGGAUGCACUUGUUGUCCGCCAACUGUGUGUGUGCCCUCCUCAUCACCGCGCUCCUCCGCCAAGUCAGUGGUUUGGAGACUGUUAUCGGCCAGUAUGGGCAAACACUCGAGAUCCCGUGCAACAAUGGACUCAUGAAAGCAGAGGAUGUCCUGAUGACUAAAUGGAAAUAUGACAAAGGAGAGGGACUUCCGGGAGACCUGCUGGUCAAGAACAAAAACCAAGAUGUCUCAAUCAUCACCACUGAUGAAUACAAGGGCCGUGUUAGCAUGUCUGCAAACUACAGCCUGCUGCUUUCUGCAGCCAAGCUGACUGACCAGCGCAUGUUCACCUGCAUGGUGGUGAAUGGCGUUGACAUCUCAGAAUAUCUAGUUAAUGUGGUGAUCUACAAGACACCGGAAGUCGUGGAGAUUUCUGAACGUGCGGAUGAACUAGAGAUUGGCAAACUUACUAAGCUCGGAACAUGUAUUGCAAACGAAGCCAAUCCAGCUGCAAAUAUCACAUGGAGGAAGAACAACAAACCCCUGGUGGCAGAUGGGAAAGGGAUUUCCAUUCAAGCCUCGGUGAUGGUGGACCCUGUUACUGGCCUUUCAACCACUUCCUCCGUACUGGAGUACUCGGCCGAGAAGGAAGACACGGACGCCGAGUUCACGUGCAGCGUUCAGCCCGCUGUGGGCACAGAGCUGGUGUCCGUUUCAGCGACCUUCAGUAUCACCUACUCCACAGAGAACAUCGUCCUUCAGGUCACUGCUAUGGAACCUCUGGUGGAAGGACACAAUGUGACUCUGAAGUGUGUGGCAGAUGGUAACCCAGCUCCUACCGCCUUUAACUUCCACCUUAAGGGAAAGAUGGUGAAAGUGGAAAACACAGAUUCUUACACCAUCACCAAUGUCUCACGUGACACCACUGGAGAAUACAAAUGCUCUCUUAUUGACGACCUAACAAUGGAAGCAUCUAAGGAAAUCGUAGUCAACUACCUAGACAUAUAUUUAAGCCCCUCUGGAAAUGUCGUCAUGAGUGCCCGUGAGGUUUUGGAUCUCACUCUCAAGAUUAAUGCCUCCGGAGACUCAAAGGUCUCCUGGACAAAGGACAAUGUUAAACUGGACAAAAAGCCCAUGUUUACCAAGCUGACGUACGCUGACUCUGGCCACUAUGAGUGUGAGGUGACGAUGGGGCUCCUCAGCCGACAUGCUUCUCUUGAGCUGGCUGUGGAAGGUGCUCCUGUUGUCAGACAUCUGAUCAAGCAGCGCGGUGAAGACGGGAGGCAUGAAGUCCUGAUUUGUGAAGUCGAAGGCUUUCCAAAGCCAGCUGUUUCCUGGAGCAUCAACGGCACCUUGCUUGAUGAGAGUCCCUUCGUCAAUGGAAAGAUAACACACAAGAUCACUGUGGUACCUACUGCCAACCUGACUGUCUCUUGUACGGUGUCCAAUGAGUUUGGUGUCGAUAGCAAAACUAUAAAUGUGUCAUCCCUCAUUGAGGAGGUGAGAAUGGAUAAACAAGACCAAUCAGAUGAUAAUGACCAAACCAAGGUGGUGGUUGGCGUUGUGGUCGGUCUCCUGGUCGCCACUGUGGUUAUAGGCCUGGCAUACUUGGCCUACAUGAAGAAAUCCAAGCAAGGAAGCUGGAAGACUGGUGAAAAGGAGGACGGGUCUUCUGAGGAGGAGAAGAAACUGGAGGAGAAAGUGGAGGAGAACAGCCAAAAAGCUGAGGUGUAAAAACAAAAACGGCAACCAUCCAUUGGGAAUGUGAAAGUGAAAACGUGGAACUUUUGCACAUUUCUCUUCACCUCUCGUCUUUGGGGGGGGGGGGGAGGGGAACAAGUGUACAUUGGGAUGAAGACGAUUUGGAUUUGGUUUCAGGGAGAAUUUUACUAAAUAAAAAGCAUAUCCAAAACCCCCCCCCCCCCCCACCCCUACCCCCAGUUCCUCAAACCCUCACCCCUCCAAUCAAUCCUAAAAAAGAUGAAUGGAUACUGUAUGUGAUAUACAUAACUUGUCUGCACUACUGAUACACGUGUAAACUUGUCGACUAUUAGGAUUCAUGUUUGUUAGAAUGGAAUUUGGGAAACUGAUAACAUGCAGAUCGUUUUGGUUUCGUUAGUUGAUGCAAGUAGAAUUACUACUAGACCAGUUGCCUUUGCUGUAAGGAUGUGUAGACCUGCAUUAGUCUGACUCUUUGGCCCUUGGAGACAUAGCAGGGACCGAGGGACAUCACCUUCCAUCGCUUCUUAGCUUCACGUCAUCACAGUCAAACAACCUCUGCCUUCAACAUCAGCGUAGGAAAUCUGUUUAUUUGUGCAUUCAUUUAAGUUUGUUCAUUCAGGUUUGGAAAAAAAGUUGAAAUGGAGAUGAAAUUCCUGAAAGGGCUAUGGGUAUAUUGUUAUACUCGGCAUUAGUUAUAGAUGGUGAUAUGAUUUACAUGUUGCAUUGCAGGAAGUAGGCAAUGUGCCACACAGUUCUUUGGCAUUACAUGAUUUUUUUUUUUGGUUUUGGUUUUCGAUUGUAUGUACCACUUUGCAAAGUAACCAGGAGAGAAAACAAAAGACACUCAGUUCAUUUUUGCCUGUUUACUGUACAUUCAACAUAACCACUGUAUAACACAAGCAGGUAGAUUAUUGAGAGAAUGUAUAGCAUAACUCAACUGUACAGAUUGUUUUGCAUAAAGCCAUCGUUUGUUUUCAUGCAAGAAGAAGUCCUUGAGCCUGUAGUAGUGAAAGGAAUUCUUUGUUUCAAGGCUGCAAGUGAGUUCCCACUUUGUGCUUCAUCAGUGUCGAGGUACGAUUGUUUAUUGUGUAGCUAUGGGAUAAUUAUGUUUUGGAGCACACAGAGAGGACAAGGGGGUUGUGUCAAAGUAGUCGUCAUUAUAUGUUUGCCUUCUUUUAAAAAUCUACCUGUAAAUUCUUCUGUUUGUGAUGUGCACUAGGGUUCAUGUUUUCAUGUCAGAUUUGUGUAGAAUACGAUGGAAUACGCGCAGCUGUACAUGUCACAAACUUUGGUCCUUUUUAGGAGCAUUUACUAAAUUUUAAAAUUGUAUCAAGACCAGGAUGUAAUCGUGAAGUUUGUGAAUUUAAUUUUCUUUUUGCUAUUUAUAUUGUACAAGAUGAAAUUUUCCUGGUAGGCAAAUUCAAUAGUUGUCACAUAAUUCAUAAUUCGUUGUUAAAUUACUUGCAGACUUUACACAAAUGUAAUGAAGUUGUGAGUCAUCGGUAGGUUGCCCAGCGUCUGGUUGAAUAAUAGAUUCAGCAUGUGAUCAUAUCAGACCUCCAAGCUGCUGUUUGUUGCCUACCUUGUGUAAAACCAUCAAAUUGGAAGAAUGACCAAAGAAAGUGAACAUUGCCAUGCAAGUAUUGUAAAUACCUGAUGUUUGUUUUUGUACUUUUGUUUAAAAUAAAGUGUACAUUUGGAAAAGUUA